CGAGAAGAAGGGAGCGAGGGCCCUUUCGCCCGUUGAAUCACCCGUGAACUCGAGAAGGUUCCGUUGCUGCCCGAGAUCUGGCAAGGUCGGACGUCCAGGGGCCUGUUGCGCAAGUGGUCGUCAGUUAAUCAUCCUCACCCACGAUGAGAGGGCUGUGGCUGGCGGUGAUGAUGGCGUGCAGCGGCCAGCACGCAUUCUCCGCAGCCGAUGAAUUCCCCGCAGCCUUCUUUCUGGCUGGGGUGCCCAGGAGGACAGAUGCCGUCAAUGCAGCCAGGUGGGACUGAAUCUUGCUCGCGAGUUCCAUACAUACAAGGCUCGCUGUGUGUGUGCUUGGCUGGCGUCUGCUGGCUGGCUGGCUGGCUGGCUUAUCUAUGUGUCCAUGUUUUCAGGUUGCCACGUCCAUUCAAGGGUUGGCGUGGCGUGCGUGACCCUGUACACCUGCCGCUGUCCUCUGCUGUGACUGUGACGGCCACUGAGCCGGCUCCAGCGGUUGCGAGUGAGGCUGCCCCUGCAGCAGCCACCAAGCCGCCACCGAAGAGGGCCAGGCGAGUCAAGAAGCAGCAAGGUGACCGGGGGAGGGAGGAGGGAAGGCCUGCCUGACGCUACGCUGCUGCCUGCACUUGCUUGGAUGAACGCGUUGAUGGGAUGGCUGCUGUGCUGGUUACUUGACUUGAUGCAUGCCAUGGCAUGCAGUUGUGGAUACCACGCCGAAGGAGCCGAUUCCCAAAUCGGACACGUACCAAACCACCAACCACACGAACAGUCUACCUACAGUGUUGGUGUAUAUCCCUGUGUGUGUGCAAUUUUGUUUUUUCUAUUGUCUGUCUGCAGUAUGCCAGAGUCGAGCCCCCCCUAUUGGUAUGUGUUGAUCCCCGAGCGCGUCUUCCUGUACGAGGAGCCAAUGGAGGAGAUAUUCAGGGAACGAUCACAGGUAGGUACACAGACAGACAGACAGACAGACAGGGCCGGCCAUACAUGUAUGCAUGGAGAGCCAGUCAACUCACGUACGGCCAUGCUUGCGCGUGGGUGCAGGACAAGGCUCGUCUGAAACAGCCAUAUGACUUCUGGGUCACUUCCAACCCAUACAUACUCAGGUACGCUGGCUGACAACCAGACACUCAGCCUGCAACGGACGGAGGGAUACUCCCGUGCUUAUGUGUGUGUGUGUGUGGUGUGUGUGUUGUGUGUAGUUCUCUGCGGACUGCGGCUGACGUGAAGCUGUGUCAGAAGCUGAGCACCCUGGGCCAGCGGUGCUAUGCUGUCAUCACAUCAGACUACUACUACGCAAGGUCGGGCGGACACUGAGUGAUGACAGACAUAGCCUGCCUCCCUGUCUGUGAGUGUUGUGGGUAAGUACGUCACUGCUUUCGUUCUCCCGUCCCUCUCUGUGUGUGCAGGUUCCUUCGUCUGCGGCUGCGUGACGGCAUCAUGGGCGGACCCCUCAGACUCAAGAGGAAAAAGUGACCAUGCAUGUGUAUGAGUGAAUGACGUGCGAAGGCUUUUAC